AUGGUGGAGUUUCUUGGGGGUAGUUCGAUGAAAUUCUUAGCAUAUUUUGUUUUAGUUUGUUGGUUUACUGCUGCACUGGUCGAAGGUAGAGUUCGCCAUUACAAAUGGGAAGUGAAGUAUGAAUUUAAGUCACCAGAUUGCUAUAAAAAGCUUGCUAUUACCGUCAAUGGACGAACCCCGGGGCCGAGUAUCAUUGCGCAGCAGGGGGAUACAAUUAUUGUAGAGCUCAAGAAUAGUUUGUUAACAGAAAAUGUUGCAAUCCACUGGCAUGGAAUAAGACAGAUUGGAACACCUUGGUUCGAUGGAACAGAAGGGGUGACACAGUGUCCUAUUCUGCCUGGAGACACCUUUGUGUACAAAUUUGUUGUCGAUAGACCAGGGACAUAUUUAUACCAUGCACACUAUGGUAUGCAAAGAGAAGCGGGGUUGUACGGAUCAAUUCGUGUAUCGCUUCCCGAUGGAGAAUCCGAGCCCUUUUCGUAUGAUUAUGAUAGAAGCAUAAUCCUUACUGAUUGGUAUCACGCCAGCACAUAUGAACAAACUGCUGGCCUCUCUUCAAUACCCUUUGUCUGGGUUGGAGAACCUCAAUCUAUUCUGAUACAAGGCAAGGGAAGGUUCAAUUGCAGUCCACCAAGCAUUCAAGCAGGUCUUUGCAAUGCCACAAAUCCUGAAUGUACACCUUAUGCACUGACAGUGAUUCCUCGAAAAACGUAUCGACUCCGAAUUGGAAGCCUAACGGCCCUAUCAGCAUUGAGUUUUGAAAUAGAAGGCCAUAACAUGACAGUUGUUGAAGCUGAUGGUCACUAUGUUGAACCAUUUGCUGUUAAAAACUUGUUCAUCUACUCCGGUGAGACGUAUUCCGUCCUAGUUACGGCCGAUCAAGAUCCUUCGAGAAACUACUGGGCAAGUGUGAAAAUUGUAAGCAGGAACAGCAAUACUACAAAUGGUUUAGCCAUCUUCAAUUAUUAUCCGAACCAUCCACGACGAAACCCUCCAACGGCCCCUCCUCCCGGACCACAUUGGAAUGACACCGAACCACGACUGGCUCAAAGCAUUGCAAUAAAAUCACACAAAGGUUACAUCCAUCCUCCUCCUCAGACAUCUGACCGAGUGAUAAUCAUGCUCAAUACACAAAAUCGUAUCAACGGCAAUGUCCGUUGGUCAAUCAACAAUGUCUCGUUCAACCUCCCACACACGCCAUAUCUCAUCGCGCUUAAGCACAACUUAACACAUGCCUUCGACCCUUCUCCUCCCCCGGAAGGGUACGACUUUGCGAACUACGACAUUUACAGCAUUGCCAAGAAUGUGAAUGCUACUACCAGCACUGGCAUCUACAGAUUGAAGUUCAAUACAACAGUGGAUAUCAUAUUGCAGAAUGCCAACACAAUGAACCCGAACAAUAGUGAGACACAUCCAUGGCAUUUACAUGGACAUGAUUUUUGGGUUGUAGGCUAUGGCAAGGGCAAGUUUGACAGAACUAAGGAUCCCAAAAACUACAACCUAGUAAACCCAAUUAUGAAAAACACAGUGGCUGUUCAUCCAUAUGGAUGGACUGCUUUAAGAUUUCGGGCCGAUAACCCGGGAGUAUGGGCUUUUCAUUGCCAUAUAGAGUCCCAUUUCUUCAUGGGCAUGGGAGCUGUAUUUGAAGAAGGUAUUGAGAAACUGGGCUCAUUGCCCAAAUCAAUAAUGGGAUGUGGUGAUACCAAAGGCUUCAAUAGGCCAUAG